AUGGUCAUUUUCACAGCAUUGCCACCAGGUACAAGCAAUCAAGAAGGUCGUAUAUUAGUUGACGAAUCAGAUUAUCGAAAUGAAAAUGAUGAAGUACCUCCAUUUCAAAUUAAAGAUAUAGUUCAAAUACGGUCUAACGAACAAUUUACAAAACAUUAUGAAUGUAUGGAUGAAAUUGGAGAGGGAAAAUUUGGCAAAGUAUAUCGUUGCCGGGAAAAAACAACAGGACUUGAACUUGCAGCUAAAAGAAUUAAAAUCAAGCGUGAGACUGAUUGGGAGAAAGUAGAACGAGAGGUGGCCAUUAUGACAAAACUGAGACAUCCGAGAAUAGCACAAAUUUACGAUGCUGUCACCACAUUCGAUAAUGAUAUUGUACUGAUCAUGGAAAUCGUAAUAAAUGUACACAAAUUUAGAGUAAAUGGUGGUGAACUGUUCGAUCGUGUCGUUGACGAAAAUUAUAUUUUGACAGAACUUGGUGUUGUAAUGAUUGUGUGUCAACUUUGUGAAGCAGUUAGUUAUAUUCAUAGCAAAAGUAUUGUUCAUCUCGAUAUAAAGCCAGAAAACAUCAUGUGCGUGUCACAAACUGGUAACCGUAUUAAACUCAUUGACUUCGGGCUUGCCCAGUUCUAUGAUAAUUCAUCAAAUUUACUGUUUAUGGCUGGUACACCAGAAUUUGUUGCUCCGGAAGUGAUUAAAUUUGAACCUAUCGAUUUUCACACUGAUAUGUGGAGUAUUGGUGUCCUCACCUAUAUUCUAUUAUCGGGUAUUUCACCAUUUUUGGGAGAAACACUUGGUGACACUUAUGUAGCUGUUGAAAAAGGAGAAUGGGAAUUUGAUGAUGAAGCAUUUGAAGGCAUUUCUGAUGCUGCUAAGGAUUUUAUCUCUAAACUUCUCAUUACAAAUCAGAAGCAAAGAAUGCUUCCGGAAGAUUGUUUGAAACAUCCAUGGAUUGUUAGUAGUCGAACAAAAGCAGCAAAUGAUUUAAUGCAAAGCCAGAUGAAUUCACGCAGUCCAAUGUCAAAGGAAGAACUGAAAUGCUACAUUAAAAAUAGACGACUUCGGAAAGCAACUUGGGCAUUGGUUUUCUUAAUUCGAUUUAAAAGACAAUCACAAAUGAAAUCAAGAAGAAGAGAGUUAUUAACUGCUGACGUCGCUGAAAUUAAUACGGCUCAUUUAGCUACUAAAAGAGCUACUAAAGAAAGUUUUACAAAAUCAAAAAAUAAGUCUGAAUCGAUGAAAAGUAAUGAGAAGGAUGAACAAGUACCUGACAAUAUAGUAGAAAAAAGUUCUGACCCUUUCAGUACAGAAUUAACGGCAGUGAAACAUUCAAAGGGAACGAAAUCGAGUAGUGAAAUUCCAAGGAAAAAAUCAAAAGCAAGUGUUUUAGAAGAAGGAAAAGCAAAGAAAAAAGCAAAAAAGCACAAAGAAGGUGGUGAAAAAUCAGAUAUGACGCCUAGCAAACCAAAGAAAAUUUCCAAGCAUUUAAAAACAACACAUCAUGAAUUGGAAGAAAAACCUUUGGAGAGCGAUUCAGCACAAGAUGCAUUAGAAAUGUGUGAAUUAUGCGUCAAUUUAGAAACUUCAAAACCAGCGGUUUCUUACACCGAAUUUACAAAACUGACAUGUGCUUCAGAGAGUACGCAGUCGACUUCUCCGAUUUACGAAGUAGAACGGACAAGUAAAAGUGAGACAAAAUUAGCAGUGAAAACAAAGAAUGAUAUUAUUUCAGUAAAUCAAAAAUCUCAAGAAGCAAAGAACAAAGGUUACACGAUGUACACACCAAGCGAAAUUAACAAGAAAGCUAGUUCGGUUGCUGCUAUUUUAUCAAUGUUUAGUGAGAAAGCAGAAAGAGAAAAAAUGGGUUUUGAACAUCGACCUUCUCGUCCAGUGAGAACAUUCCGAGAUGUGCAAAAAAAUACAUCUAAUAAACCAUUGGUAGCAACUAUUAAUAAGAAUGAUGUGAGUGGUAUUAAAGUUUAUCGCGCACCUGAAAAAGAUAAAGAACGAGUUAAAAAUUUGAUCGAACUUCACAGGCGUGGCUCCAAGGACAGAAAACAAGUAGAUAGUUUAGAAAUUGUAGCAGUUAAGAAUGAUGAAAAUAUGAAAAAGCCAAGGGAAGAAAAUGGGAAAAUUAAAGUAGCACAAGAAUUAUUAGCUACUAAUAAUACUACAUCAACAAAAGAGAGUACUGAGGUUAAGGUGAUAGCGACUGAAGCAAUUUCCCAGCAAAAUACUACCACGCAAAAUGCUUGCAACUUGAGAAGCGUUCGAAAAAAAGCGAAUCAACAUGAGUUUUCUAUGAAGAAAGAACAUGUUGAAAAGAAUCAAUCAUCAGAAGGAAGUGCUAGCGAGAAGUUGAUGAUAGAAGCAAGUAUAUGUAAAAAGGAAGGCAAUAAAGUGACCAAACCUGAAGGUUUCGAAAAACUUAUCAGCCAUAAUAAUAGUAAGAAAUAUGAAGAAAAAUGCGCUGAAAAAAUAAAUCAUAAUGCUGCUUCCAUCAAUUCAGAGAAAUCGCUUUCAAAUUCUAUUACUAUAUCUCAAAAGAUGAAGUUAAUAGAAAGACAAGGAAAGCAGAUAAGAAAUUUUCCUUCUGUAUACGACCAUAAAACUGAUACAAACAAACCGAACGAUGAUGCCAAUCUUACCUUAACAAUGUUAGAAAGGAGUACCUCCAAAAAACCUCCCAAAACACCUGGAAGUUCGCGACAUAAAAGAAGAAAUAAUGAUAAGAUAAAUACGCGAAUGAAAAAUGAAUCAGAACAUAUGAGCAGUAUUGUAUGUAGUAGUGCAAGCAAAGAUGCUGCUGUUUCAGUGCAUGAAAAAGCAUCUGAUUUCUUGCAAAUAUUAUCACCAACAGUUCAGAAUAAUAUGGCAAAAGUACAGAUUUCUAAUAAUACAAUCACACCACUUUCUAACAUUGAAAAAGAUGAAAUAUCUCAAAGUAGCAUUCGUUCAAAGAAUCCAUUAAUGAAAAUAAAAUCAGAAGUAAAUUUGGCAGAAUUCGCAAAAGAAGCUUCAUCACAUUCGUCCAGAGCAGUUCAUUUGCGCAGGCAUGCAUUGGUUGAUCAAUCUUCAUCUUUAGUUGCACAGACUCAACAAUUUAAGCACAAUAUUAUGAAAAUGAGUUUGACGAACCAAGAGAACUUCAGUUUCGGUUGGCUGAAGUUUCAGUUAGAAGACCGUGUGAAUAAAGAAAAAGAAAACCAAACAACUUGGAAACCUCGCCGUGAUCUAAGAAUAUCUCCAGCUCAAUCUGGAAAUGCAAAGAAAGCUUUGGAUAUUUGGAAAGCUAUGGAACGAAAUUGUCUUUCUAAAAGUUAGAU